GCUGCGACUCACUGGUCCGUCCCCAGUCGCUAGAGCCGUCGUACGCCUCAUGUCUAUCACACCCUGCCAAGGAGGGGUCAUAUCGACCCCGGCGGUAGCGCAGACGUCGAGCCAGGCUCCUACCCAGAAGCUACUUCCCGAACUCGUCGACCAUGUCAUCGAUCACCUCCACGACGACAUUGCGUCUCUCGCUACAUGCGCUCUCGUCGGCAGAGAAUGGACGACUACGGCGCGCUUCCAUCGCUUCAGCACGCUCAAAGUACACCUCCAGCACGACAACUACGCGAUGCUCGGCGAGGUGCUCUCCUCCACGCCGGAAAUACGCAGUCUGGUCCGUGAGCUGUGGAUAGCCGCGCCGUGGGGUGAUGAUCCUCCGGAUCCGGCCUUGCCCAAUAUGGGGCUGCUAACCUGGUUGCCAGUCAUGGAGGCGACAGAGGAAGUUGUUCUAGCAGGAUACGUCCUCGAGAGGGACGGUGACUACGACUACGAUCUCAGCCCGUACCUGCCUUCGCUGAAACGACUGGGCAUCCACAAGUGCAGGUUCGGUGUUGGCGUCCUGGAUAUCAUGUCGAGAUCUUUCCCGCACAUCGACACGGUUAGGCUCUUGUCCGUCGCCAGGCUACUGCGCGAGCCUCGGCCUCCCCGUUCCUCGGGGUCGAUUAUGAUGCCGCCUGUGCAUCUGCGUGAGCUAGACGUCUCCGCCUACGACACUCCUGCCUAUGUGCUCCGUCACGCGUCCGAAUGGAUGCUUCGCCAUCCCAGCGCCGAACUCCUCCAGACGCUACGCUUCCAAAGCACGUUCUACUGCACGCACGAAGCGCAGCCAAUGCUGGACCUGUUCGGCCCUCUGAACCUGAACGCUCUCUACAUAGGGAUCUCAGCGUACGUGCAGCCGUACUACCGCGACAAGUUUGACGUUUCCCCGCAAACGACUGCCUCGUUGGAACGUUGCACAAACCUCCGCGUGCUCAGCGUAACCAUCCAGAUGUAUGAUCUCGAGCAGGAGUGGCCCCCGGUACUGCUUUGCGUUCAGUUGAUCCUGCAGAGUCUAGCGUCCCCAGCGCUGGAAACGCUGAUCAUCGCGACGCGAGGAUAUCUUGGUAAACCCAUCCCAAUCGAGAUCAUCCAGGAACUGGAUUGGAAGGCUAUACAAACCGCGUUACAGGGAAAGCCGCUCCCAAAUUUGCGCAGCAUUAUCAUCAGAGGUAAGGGGGACCUGAAUGAGCUGACCGCUACCUUGAAGGAGAAGUGUCCGGAGCUGUAUAUGCGUGGAUUGUUCAAGUUCGCAUCGCUUCCCUCACAGUUGGAGUACGAUCUGCGCACUUGAUGGUCACUGCUCAGCAGAACCCGGCUCUACGUUUCAACAUUACAAUUGUACAAGUAUGAUUGACGUCGUUCGCUUCAACAUCACGAUGCUCGAUGACAAGGACAAGAAAACAUGACGUAGAACACGGCACGACAAUCGGCUCGAUGUUGAUAACACAUUGGGAAUGAAUACAGUAUCUGUGUAUGACUUUACGCCGCUCUGGCAAAGACUCCGUUCCUGUAGAGAACCUCUUUACCCUUGCGUGUGGCCUUCGUCCCAUGGUGAGCGUGGUCGAGAUUGCCGAUGAAAGCAGGAAGGUCUCCAGCAGGCGUUAACAGCUCCUCGUCCUCCUCGUCUGAGUCGGUGUCUUCAGCAGCCACGGCAGCGGUAGCGCCUUGCACACCAU